AUGGCGUCACCGCCGGUAUCGACUUCCCAGCGUCUCAUUCGCGAGCUGAAAGAGUACACAAAGAACCCCAACGAAGUACUCCUCCAUCUGGGACCCGUGGACGAUGACGACUUAUUACGCUGGGAAGCAGUCUUGAAGGGCGUCAAGGGUACACCGUACGAAGGUGGCCUGUGGGGACUCAACAUUACCAUUCCCCAUAAUUACCCCCUAUCCCCGCCGAACAUCCGCUUCAAGACACGCAUCUCCCACCCCAAUAUCUCCUUUACCACUGGCGAAAUCUGUCUCACCCUCUUGACUACCGAACACUGGAGUCCCGUGUAUACCAUCUCAACGACAUUAACGGCGAUCCACCAACUCCUGACGGACCCGCGACCGGACUCGCCGCUUAAUGUGGACGUGGCGAACCUUUUGCGAGAUAAGGAUAUCCCCGCGUGGGAGAGUGUGGUUCGGUUCUGGACGCAGGAGGAGAGAUGGGAGGGAUCGGGGAGGUAA